CUUUCAAAGCCACGCCUUCUCUCUGACAUGGAAGCGUGAACGGGGAAGUUUUGUCAAAGUUUUGUGUAUAGGCAUGAACGCUACCGGCGGUUUGCACUGAGUGGCACCUACAACCACGAGACAGGAGGCGAUUUCGGCUUGUGAUCAUGCAGUCCGCGGUUUUGUGGCUGGCUUUCGCAUUGACAGUGUGUGGUGCGAACCUUUCCCCUCCAGUGGUGAAGAUCAGUCUGGACCAGGCUCCGGAGCUGAGAUGGUUGCCUCUUAAAGACCUCUUCAGUAAAGAUUUCUUACAGCAAGCAGCAGCUCAGGUGAUCGAUUCUACAGUUCCAGCAUGGGUUCACCAAGCUAUCAAACCUGUGGUGAGAGCUCUGGAGCGGUUUACCCCUCAGCCCUACGCUGCUGAGAUCAGAGGCAUGGCAGCUUUCUACGGCUCUGACAUCUCCGACAUCCUCCUGCUCAACUUCGCCUACGAAGUUUCUGCGUUCUGCAGCAGUAUUGUGGCUCAAGACACCAAGGGAAUAAUCUAUCAUGGUCGAAACUUGGACUACCCCCAUGAUGUGCUCAAGAAUCUUACGAUCGAUGUUCUGUUCAUCAAAAAUGGAGAAGUGGCCUACAGGGGCACAACUUUUGCUGGUUAUGUCGGGUUAUGGACUGGACAAAGUAAAAACAAGUUCACUGUGACUGGGAAUCAGCGAGAUGAGGGCCAUUGGUGGGACAAUAUCAUUUCAGCUGUCCUGUUAAAGUAUUCUCCUGUUAGCUGGCUAGUGAGAGAGACUCUUGAGGGGGCCUCAAACUUCCUGAAUGCAGUUACACAAUUGUCUGAAAUACCCAUUAUCAGUGGUGUAUACUACAUUGUGGGUGGUGUUUAUCCAGGAGAGGGUGUGGUCAUCACUAGAGACAGGAGUGGUCCUGCAGAUAUUUGGCCUUUGGAUACGCUCUAUGGAAACUGGUACAGGGUUGAGACAAACUACGAUCACUGGCUGCCCACACCCAAAAGAGACACUAGACGAGAAGUGGCUAUGAAAGCAUUGAAUGCUACAGGUCAAAAUAACAUCAACUUGCACACUCUUUAUCAGGUUUUAUCAGUGGUUCCGGUGUGCAACAGGAUAACAGUCUACACAACAGUGAUGAGUGCAGCUGCCCCAGAGGAGUACACAACCGUGGUUAGAGAGACAUGUGGUUAGUCCUUUACAAAGGUCAACAGUCUAAACUAAAGCCAUCACUAAACAUCACUAAACACACAACCAUGACAUUUCAAAUGAGCUAAUUUUAAUAAAAAAAAUUUACAAGGCUACAAGGAUGUACUGUAUAUUUAGCUCACUGGUAACAUGUCACAUGCACUAGUGGAUUUUAUAAUUGUUGUAUUUGUUUAUGAUUGUUGCUAAUGUUGAUUUACUUGUACAUUUUAAAUGGUGAUAACAUAAUGUUUAUAACAUGGGCCUAUUUUUAGAUAUGUCUUAUAUUUGGAGACUGCAUGUGUGUAAUGAUGGCAUUAACUUUCUUUAGUUGUGCACCUGACCAAUAAAUUUAUAAUUUACUAAUUUACUUUUGUCUCGUGUAUAUAAGCCCUUUCCCAUCUAGUGUAAUAUUGCAAUACAUUAAUGUAACAUCAGAGAGACUGGUUAAAACAUACUGUAAAUUUUUUUUUACAAUGGUCGUGAGCUGUGGGUAUUGAGUAUGAGCAUGAGCG